AUGACUUGCAAGAGUCCUGCUUAUGCCCAACAUUGCGACCGCACAUGGCCGAAAUGCGCUCGCUGCACCACUCGAGGCGUCCGCUGUAUCCCCGGCAAAGGCUGGGGUCCGCUCAAACCGAGAGGCAAACGCCGACCAGCUGCGCCCCUGGUAUCUGCAUCUACUGGCACUAGGACACGGGGGAGAGAUAGUACGGGAUCGGUUGUGAAAAUUGAGAGGGAACCGUCUCCUACGUUCCAAUUGGAGAGUAGCGAAAGGCCAAGGCGGAUCUCUGGAAGAGGGCUGAAUGCUGGGAGUGACGUGGAGAUGGCGAGUCGUUCGUCGACUUUGGUGUCUAAUACUACGACUCCUCUGAGUGGAAGGGGCAAACGGACGCGGACGGAAGUGGUGCAAAGCCCGGCGUCUACUACUGCCUCCGUGCCCAGGGCUGCGAAGCGCUUACGCCCGAGCGUCUCUCACCCCACGUCCCCCUCGCCGCUCCAAAAUCAAAUUCCCAUUCCUGCUCCCGUUCCGAAUCCUACUCCACCUGUGAACAAUGUUCCUGCACCGAUAUCUCUCAAGCUAUCGAGGCCUCGUUCAUCUCUGGCUUCCUCAUCCCAGUACCCCGCACUUCCGUCGCCUAUAAAAACGCCAUCCCUCAUCCCCGACAUUGGCCCAGUCGUACAGCGGCCUGCACCUUUACCUAAACGCAGCACAAAGGCGAAAUUACCCCUACAAAAGGAGCUUACAGACCAAUGUCCGGCGAUUGCUCAUACUCGGCAAGACCUUGCCGCUGCUCUCGACUAUGUCAACAAUCCGAAGAGGACCGUCGGGGGAAGUGUCAGUAGUAGUGUUACUGGGGCUGCCAAAGGUUUGAUCCUGGAGGGCAAGGUAAGUGCUCAGGGGGUGUACUUUGGGAUGGGAGAAGAGGCUGGAACGAUCAUCACCACCAUUGGAAAUGCUCGAAAGCAAAAUACAGAAUCCUUCAGUGAUCCCACCGUCGUCCCUGAAGCACCCCAAAUACUGCCCCUUCUAAUGGCGCAGAGCACCAGGACCCCUGUCGGUAUUGUGGUCAAGAAUGAUUAUGAGGCUCUGCCUUGGAAUCUGCACGCCGAGUAUGCUGUUCUGGGAUUUUUCUGGAUUGUGGAUGCUUGGGUCGAACCGGUGGUCUCAUCACUAGAGCUCUUCACCCCAAACCAAAAAGCGCCCAGUGGCCCACCUGAAAAAGUGAUCUGGAAAUUCCGUUUCGAGUGGUGUCAAGAUGGGACAUCUCCAUGGUGGUCGCCCUCGUCAAACCUUCAUUGGUCUCGUCAAGCUUAUAUCGAAGUCGAAGAUACAGCCUCUUGGGAUUUACCAGGAGGCGCAGACAAGACCAUCGAGCCUAGGACGGUACAACGCUCAGGCAAUCUGGAGGCGAAUGGGCAAGAUGUCGUCAUGAGGAAUGGAGAGAAGGAUGCUGUGACGCAUCGCUGCGAGGCCUGUAGAGCUGUGUCGCAGAGAGUGUAUAGAGAUGGAGAUAUCUGCUUGAAUGAGCAGUGUGCUUGGUUUUUUGGUGAUGCGUCAGACGCCAAUAACCGAAUAGGACCCAUCAGCAACACGCCCGGUCCCGUCAAACCCCUCCCUCGUAUACUUCCCAGGCAACAAAACCGUGUCAUCUGUCCACCCGAGCCCGGACAUUCAGUAUUCAAGAGUGGUCGAGAAAACGCGGGUAUAGAGUAUUGGGUGGCUUGGGUCUGUAAAGACUGCAAAGUGGCGCAGCAACGGGCUACAUGGUUAUGGAAAUGUCGAUUCUGUCCUAGAAAGUACGAUAUAGCCCCGGUAACCUACACCCAUAUUGGCCUUCGCCCACCUCGUCCUGUAUGUACAGGUCCUCGCCAAGAAGACGGCUACGCCCAUUGGCCGCAUAACGCUCCUCGGUCCUGGUCCCUCUACAAGGACGAUGUGAAGGUCGUAAAGCAUAUGCCGACGGAGUCUCUGGGAAUGGAUGCGGAGGUACAUCAUGCGCUCAGUAGUGACCGGACGGCAAGUGAAGCAGGUGUUUUACUGGUCAGAACGCAGAAAGAGUUGGCAAAUGAUCUCCUUCGGGGAAGCUAUCUCGAAGGAACAGCAAAAGGUACGUUUCUUCUGUAUCAGUGGGAGACUAUGUGCUUAUCUGGAUCAGGCGCCGAGAUGGUUCUCUCGCUCUUCUACGCCUACAGCGUUGGCAUGCAAGCCUCAAGACUACCCGCAUUCCCCGUCAAAGAGGUUCUUUUCUGGGACCGGGCCUAUAAAAUCACGCUCGACAUCAUGCGCAUGAUCAACUGCCAAGCCGCGCGUAUGUUCCCCGGUCAACGAGAAUUCGGCAACCUCACCAUCGCUGCCAUGCCGCCCCACCUGGACGCACGCGCCGCACCAGUUAUCACCGUACCCGCCAAAACGCUGUUGACAAUCCUGUUCAUGGGCUCCGACUCGACAGUCAAGAUCAAGUCGGUCGGCCGGGGUAAGCAGGGGUCGCUAGUGGCGCAGCAUGGUGAUGUGAUUGGAGUCAAGGCUGGAGAAGUCGCUGUUGAUGUGUCGGUCAAGAUGGACUCAUUUGGGUUCUUGUGUAUUGGACGUCAUGGCGUCAUGCCAGGCCAAUUUCCAGCCCCAGCCCCAGCCCCAGCCCCAGUAGCUCGGAUCCCACCUCCUGCCCCUGUUGCGAAACCGCCAACUCCCGCCCCUGCCCCCGCCUCCUCAUCCAGACCUCCCGCCCAACCACCCAUAGUCGGUCCUCCCAAACUCGCCACAGCUCCAUUAAAAGGCUGGUACCUCGGCGGCCACCCUCUGGACCCCUCGGAUCCCGAAAUCAUCUACCCAGCCUUCCGCCCGCCUCAAGAUAACCCCUAUGCCAAGGUCGACAAAGGCAAAGGCAAAGCUACGGAAGAGUCGGAAGUCGAGCCAGAACCGCCUGCACCCGAGCCUGUAAGCAGGCCACCACCUAUCAUCCUCGAUGAGAUGCCUCCCCCUCCUAGGUUGUGGGAACCUCGCCCUUUGUCACCACUACCCGGCUAUGGCGAGAGUACAGAGACUAUGCGAAAGCAGAUGGCAGAAGCUGCUGCGAACGCUCCUUCGCCUACUCCGUCGGUCGACGAAGUCCCAGCCUCGAGAGGCCGCGGUCGUGGUCGUGGAGGCCGAGGCGGACGAGUAAGAGGCAGAGGAAGAGGAAGAGGAAGGGGGCGUGGCGCUGCGACUGCCGCUGCUGCUACUCCUGUUACAGUCCGGGAUGAGUCGGAAGCUCCUCCUGCUCCUACUCGUGGGGCUAGAGGCGGAAGAGCACGGGGUACUCGAGGUACCCGCGGUACUCGUGGCGGUAGAGGUUUGCGUGGCGGUGCGAGGGGAGGAAGGGGCGGUAGAACAGCAGUCAAGAUUGAGCCUGACCUGGAACCGGAAGAUCAUCACAGCGCGGAUGGUGGCCAGGCGAUGGAUGUGGAUGUUGAUCAGGCGAAAGCCGAUGGUGAUAAACCCGCAAACUUGGAUGUGGAUGUGGAUGCCAAUGCGGAGACGACGGGCUCCGGUCCGAGCGCGACAACUGGCACGAGGGGUAGGGGCGGCACCAGAGGGACACGGGCUAGGGGGAGAGGGUCGAGGGGUACGGGUAUCACGAGAGGUCGGGCGCGGGGGGGAGGUUAG